AUGCUACAAGUGUAUCAUGCCAUUAAUGGUGGGACCGACCACCUGUUUGACGAAAUGCCGAGCGGGGAAAAUGAUGGCUCUGAGCUUUCUGUUUUUUAUGUGAUUUUAGCUCUGGAUAAAAAAAAAUCCACGCCAGCUGAGAAGGGCGAAAUCGCCAUCAACUUCACUGUUGGAAAACACGGGGAAAUUUUCUUCUCCUCCAUCCAUGCUAGGAUUUCCGGGGCGAUCAGAUGUUGUUCUCGGAAAUUGCUACUAAACACGUUGUUGGAAAAGACAUAUUUGAAGAUGAUUUACAGUUUUCUGGUGCAAGUCAUGCUGGAAGGCUUUGUUGGAUUUUGA